AUGGCGCCGGACGACGUCCAAGACACUUCCGCGGCGCCGCCCGCUCCUUCUCAGGCACAACUUGAGCCGCCUCCUGAGAAGCCCUCCGACAUCUCAAGGAGAACUCGCAUCGUUAUCUCCUUUUGGCUGCUUGUCCUCUGUCUUGGUGUACCUAUCUGGUGGAAGACGACUACUAUCUAUCGCGCAAAUCUCCCUCUCGAUGAGAUGAUGCAAUGGGCAGAGGGAAAGGCUUGCCGUCCUGUCUUUCCCCUCCAAAUCUCCGUCAAGGCUGAUGCGCUGCAAGAGAACGAAGCGCAAAACCUCGUCCGAUUGACACAGCAUGCUCUCGAUGAUCAUAACGACUUUUCGGGUCACCACCUUCGCCUGCAACUUGCUUCAAAGGGUGGCGCCUCACCAUCACCCGCUGCCGAUGACGAUUCGCAUGUCGCCCUGACAAUCCAACUUGCGCCCGGCGAGAGCAACUCUGCUUCUUUAGACCCCGACUCUGCCGUUCUCAACAUCGUUUAUCCCUCCAACGCAAUCCCUUCCGCAUCUUCAUCUUCCUCCGCCCUCGCAACUUACAUCGCAAACGAGCUCCAAUCAACCUUUUCCGAAGAACAAUCCAUCAUCUCCUACCUAUUGUCGACCUCCUCGGCUCUUGAUACCAAACCUCAAGGCUUGACCCCCGAGAUAGUUGAUAUGCUGUCUAAGCGAACAACCCGAUCCCUACGAUACUCGCCCACAUACCACCUCACGUUUUCCCUCUUCACCGCAGGCGCUGCUCCUAGUACUUGGGAUAUCGAGAAGGCGAUUGAGGAAUACAUGAAACCCAUGCUGGAUGUGUUGGGACCGAUCCACAACUUUACAAUUGAUACUCAGGUGCAACUUUAUGCGACACCAGGUGCGCAAUCGCAGGUGUUGAGCAAGGAGGACCUUGCAUCUUUCAUCAACGCUGCCGAAUGGCCUCUAUCACCAUCAAUUGCAGGCGCUCCGACAGUUAACUUUGUUAUCUACAUUGGGGACCAACAAAUUGGUCUCGAUUCGGAGACAGAGACGGCACAGUCGUGGAUGUUCCCGCAGUGGGGCAGUGUGUACCUUCUCAAGCUUCCCGAGACGACUACACAUGUAUACAGUGAGACGCUCAAGCAGCCGAUGCUUACAUUCACUGGACAUCUGUUAUCACUUCUGGGUACUCCUCAAUCGGGGUCCCUGUCUUUGAGACUAUCCACACUAUCUCGCAUCAGGUCGGCCGAUCUACUGCUUCGCGCUUCAUCAACUCUGGGCUCAUUAGCACGACUAUCCCUUGCUCUACCCUCAAUCUCCAUCCCUCACAGCGUGGCCGAUGGUGUCGCUUCGACAAUGGACCACCUCCAAAAAGCAUGUACCAGCCUGGGUGCACCCUCUGGACUCUUGCACGCUAGAAUCGCGGAAGAGGAGGCAGAGCGGGCGUUCUUUGAGAAGAGUAUGGUAGGUCAGCUGUAUUUUCCCGACGAGCACAAGAUUGCGGUUUACCUACCGCUUCUUGGACCAGUGGGCGUUCCGCUGGUGAUGGGGUUGAUCAACGAGCUUAGACGGUGGUUUCAAAGGAGGAGACAGAAGGCUAAGGAUGCAGGAGAGAAGAAGGCUCAAUGA